ACAAGCAAUUAUAAUAUCAAAAGUUUCACCUUUCUUCCAUCAAUAUGGACCAAUCACUGUCCAAUUUCACCAACAAAAACUUACCAUCAUCAAACCCUGAGCAGAGGCUCGUAUCAGGCCCCAGUCCCCUAACCAGCGCCAACCCAUUAACCGGAAGUACUUCAGCAAUGAACCCUAUGAACCAAAUGCAGCAACAGCCACUCCAGCAUCGCCCUCAGCAGCAACUUCUGGGUCCUUUGACUAACCAAGUUCAGCAGCUCAUGGGUAUGGGAAAUAAUCCAAUGCAGCAGCAGCAACUCAUGGGUCCCAAAAGCAACCCGAUGCUAAAUUCAAUGAUGAAUCCGAUGCAUACUCCAUUGCAUGCACCGAUGCAUACUCCAAUGCAUACCCCGAUGCACAACCCCAUGCAACAUGAGAUGGGUAGUCAUGGAUACAAUCCGAUGAUUCACCCUCAGAACAGAAGUGAAAGAAACUCCAUCUUCAGUGCAUCAGAUGAUAAUGUGAUCAUGAAGCAAGUGCUUGAUACCCAUCUCCCUGAUGGCACUGAUGUUGAUAUCAGACCUCUUGUCCACAUUGUGGAGGAAAUCCUCCGACAUGCCACCAUAAAUGCCGAAUCUACUUCACUGGUUGGACAUACAGAUGUGGAAAAAGUAGAUAGAAAACUGGAGGGAAAGCCUCAGCAAGCCAAUGCAGUUGUGAUUCUUAAUUCAUUGUCACAUAUAAUCGACAAACUUGCUUGUGAGAUGUCAUUCAAAUGCCUAAGUGGCGGGGAUGGACACACAACGGCCCUGUCACUAUUUCACACUGUGGGAAACUUCCACUGGGACGCGAAGCUGGCAUUGAUCCUUGCUGCUUUUGCACUGAACUAUGGUGAAUUCUGGCUUCUAGCUCAAAUUUACUCAUCAAACCAACUUGCAAAAUCCAUGGCAAUUCUUAGGCAAGUACCAAUGAUUAUGGAGCACUCAGCGCCAUUGAAACCUCGAUUUGAUGCCCUCAAUAAACUCAUCCACUCAGUCCUUGAACUAACCCAGUGCAUCAUUCAAUUCAAGGAGAUACCAUCUAUGUAUGUUAGUACUGAAGUACCAGCCAUGAGUAGAGCUAUAAACACUAUUCCUACUGCUGUUUACUGGAACGUUAGAGGGAUCAUCGCUUGUGCUGCACAGAUUACUAGUCUCACUAGCAUGGGACAUGAGUAUGGGAUAUCCUCGUCGGAAUUGCAGUCGUGGGAGCUAUCUACCUUAAUCCUCAAGAUCAACCACUUACUUGAGUUUCUCAAGAAACAACUCGCAGAUUGCCAACGUGUUAUAGGCGACAGGAAGGAAAUGGAUUUCAGGAACUCAUUCAAUCAGCUAUUUGAAACAAUCCAUAUCGACAACAUGAAAAUACUCAAAAUCUUAAUUAGUCCAAGGGAUGACAUACUGCCACUUUUUGAUGGCGCUUCUAAGAAACAGGUCAAACUAGAAGUUCUCAGGAGAAAGAAUGUAUUGUUGCUGAUAUCAGGACUAGACAUGUCCCGUGAUGAGCUUUCAAUCCUCGAGCAAAUUUACAGUGAGUCCAGAAUGCAAGGGUCUCAAGUGUUAAGAAUGGAUGCUUUGUAUGAGGUCGUGUGGAUACCAAUUGUGGACCCUUCUAUUGAGUACACUGAUGUGAUGCACAACCAAUUCGAGGAGAUGAAGAACAGUAUGCCAUGGUACUCGGUGGACCACCCAUCCAUUAUUGACAGAGUGGUGGUAAAGUGUAUCGGAGAUAGGUGGCACUUUAGGAGCAGGCCUAUCCUCGUCGUGCUGGACCCACAAGGAAGGGAGUUAAGUCCUAAUGCUAUUCACAUGAUGUGGAUUUGGGGAAGCAAUGCCUUCCCUUUCACUAGUGCCAGAGAGGAAGCUUUGUGGAGGGAUGAAACUUGGAGGCUAGAGUUGCUAGUCAGUGGCAUGGACCCAACUAUACUGAACUGGAUAAAAGACGACAAAUACAUCUUCUUGUAUGGAGGGGACGACAUUGAAUGGAUUCGCAAAUUCACCAGAAAUGCACGUGCAAUGGCAAGUGCUGCACGCAUCCCACUAGAAAUGGCAUAUGUUGGGAGAAGCAAGAAAAGAGAAUCUGUGCGUAGAGCAAUCGCCGCCAUAAAUGUGGAAAAGCUUAGUUACUGCUGGCAAGAAACAACCCUGAUCUGGUUCUUUUGGACUCGCAUAGAAAGCAUGUUAUUCUCCAAGAUUCAACUAAAGCGGGCUGAUGAUCAAGACCUGAUAAUGCUUCAAAUCAAGAAACUACUCAGCUAUGACAAGGACGGAUCAUGGGCUUUGCUAUGCAAGGGAUCACAGAUUCUUACAAAUGGACAUGGAUCCACAAUGUUGCAAACCCCGACUGACUUUGAUCUUUGGAAAGAACACAUCCCCAAUAGGGGGUUCGAUAUGUCAUUUACAGAUUACCACGACAAGCUUCACAGUGCAGCGAAUAACUGCUGCCGGUUUGAGUUUCCCAUUACUGCAGGUAGAAUCCCAGAAGACAUGCGUUGCCCUGAAUGUCACCGCUUGAUGGAAAAACAUAUUGCUUUCACUUGUUGCCAUGACCAAACCGGGCUUCUUGAACCCUAUUAAACUACUAUCAUAUCCAUCCAUGAGACACCAAUCCUGAAGAGCUUCUGAUGCCGGGUUUUCAGUAAUUGAAUAAAUAGCAGCACUGUGAUCGAUCAGGCUGCGUUUAUCUUGUACUUCAAUAAGAUUAUAUAUAUAGUGUGUGAAGAGUGCAAAAAAAAUUUUACUUUUAUUUUGAAGUGAGCGUUAUCUUGUAGGUUUAAACUCUUGUUUGGGUUAAACCUGCUUUCGAUGUAAUAAAAUACUUGAUGAAUCCUAAUAAAGUUUAAAUCUGUUUAUUGUC